AUGUACGCCUUGAAAGCGUGUCCUCGAGGGACGCUGACCCCCGUGCGUAUCCACAGUGCGUGCGGCGGCUGCCCCAGCAACCAGACGGCUUGCUUCGCACCGCAGUGCGUCGCUGCAGAUGGCGUCGAGCGGGGCUUCAUUGCCGUCAACCGACGCCUGCCAGGACCUUCCAUACAGGUGUGCGAGGGGGACCGCGUGGUGGUGGACGUGGAGAACCGGCUGGCGGGCCACAGCACGGCCCUCCACUGGCACGGCGCGCUGCAGCGCCUCUCCCCACACAUGGACGGCGCCCCCGGCGUGACGCAGUGCGCCAUCCCGGCCGCCACCUCCUUCCGCUACGACUUCGUCGCCGACACGCCCGGCACCCACUUCUGGCACUCGCACGACGGCGUGCAGAAGCUGGAGGGCGUGGUGGGCGCGCUGGUGGUGCGGCAGGCGCGGUCGCGCGACCCCUGGCUGGAGGCGCGGCUCUACGACCACGACCUGCCGGCGCACGUGGUGGUCGUGACCGACUGGCUGCGCACCGCCGCCGACCACCGCCUGCCGGGGCUCCGGAAGCGGCGCGCCGGCCAGAACCCGGACGCCUUCCUCAUCAACGGACGCGGCAUCGUCACGGACUCGGUGCCGAGCCCAUCGCUGGCGUCGCUGGUGCGGCCGCUGGAGCCGUGGCUGGUGGAGGCCGCCCUGGCCGCCGUGCCGCCCGGUCGCCAGCGGCCGUGGCCGCAGGCGCCGCUGGCGCGCCUCCACGUGGCGGCGGGCCGGCGCUACCGCCUGAGGCUCAUUGCCGCCACCUGCCUCGUCUGCCCCUUCCGCUUCAGCGUCCAGCACCACCGGCUCUCCGUCAUCGCAGCCGACGGCGCGCCCGUCCACCCGCGCACCGUCGACGGCGUCGUCAUGUGGCCAGGGGAGCGCUACGACGUGGUGGUGGAGGCUUCGCAGCCGCCGGCCGCCUACUGGGCGCACGUGCAGGGCCUGGGGCCGUGCGCGCCGCUGCGGCUCUACCAGCUGGCCACGCUGCAGUACGAGGGCGCCGGCUCCCGCCCUCUCACCAGCGACCCUGGGUACGCAGGGUUCGCCGCCGCCGAUGCCUACGACCUGAACCCGCUGCACGGUGCGUGCGGCCGCGGGCUGUGCGUGAGCGCGUUGCGUGCGGCGGAGGCGGCGCCGGCACGCAUGCUGCCCUUCGACACGCCCCCGCACCUGCGGCUCGCCGUCUCCUUCGGCUUCCACUUCUUCUCGGCGGGCCGGCUGUUCGCGCCGGGCGUCUACCGCCGCUACUUCCAGCCGCCGUUGCCUGUGCUGGUGGCGGGCACCAUGAACAACGUGUCGUUCGUGACGCCGGCCAGCCCGCUGCUGACCCAGCUGGACGACCUGCCCCAGGGCGCCCUCUGCUCCGGGGUGGGCGAGGGACGAAGCUUUGCAGAGUGCACGCACGUCGUCCGCCUGCCGCUCGGCGCCACCGUCGACCUGCUGCUCAUCGACCAGUCGCCGGUGAUGGGCGGCCUGAGCCACCCGUUCCACGUGCACGGGCUGCGCGCCUGGGUGCUGGAGGAGGGCGUGCGGCCCCCGCCGGCUGCAGAGCAGUGGCUGCCUCGCAGCGGCGCGCCCCCCUCCAAGGACACAGUGGCCGUGCCCGCCGGCGGCUACGUGCGCCUCCGACUGCUCGCCGACAACCCGGGCUUCUGGCUGAUGCACUGCCACUUCGUGUACCACCAGCUGAGCGGCAUGGAGCUGGUGCUGCAGGUGGGCGAGCUGGAGGACAUGGCUCCGCCCCCGCGGGGAUUCCCCACCUGCGGGGACUACCUGCCGCCCCUGUGA